UUGCUAUCGAGUCUUCUUUAAGGUAUGUGAUUAUGUGAAGAACCGGAAGGGAGGUCGCUCUGUUCCACUCGCACACAGCUCGAAUCUCUUUCUUCCCCUGUCCAGCUUCGCCAAAGCAGACGGAGCGCUCGAGAUCAUUCGAUGGCCAGCGAGAUCUUCUCCCUCAUCGCAUCAGCGACGAGCAAGCUACAUGCCCUCGUUAGCUCAUCAAUAAUCAGCUCAGAAGAUGUCAUCCAAAAUCUGAAAGAUAUCAAAGAAUUGGUGUACGAAGCGAAGGAGCAGCAGCGGAAGAUGGGAGAUCAAUCCAUCAACCAGUGGUUGAAGCAGCUCAAAGCUGUGGCUGUUGAUGCGGAGGAUCUUGUGGAAGAGCGUCUGUACGACAUGACGCGAAUCCAAGUAGAGGAUCAUCAGAGGAACCCUAGAUCUAUUCAUCAUACUAAAGGAAAGAACGAGGCGAAGAAGGAUGGGGAGCGGGUGAUUUCCGAAAGCUCUGCCUUUUCACGUAUCAUCAGAUUCGACAUCCCUAUUAACCUUCUCGAAAGGAUCGAGAAUAUCAGAUACCUAUUUGGUGAGAUCUCAAAGGGCUGGACACCACAGCAAGUCGGACAGGCCGGCAAAAAAAGCUUAGAUCUCACAAACCUCAAUGUAUGCCUCCAUAAAUUCCUAACAAGAGGAGAGCAGCUGUUGCCGAGAACCUCAUCUCGAUCCCGCGCGUUUACUGUAACUGAAACAGAAAAUUUCCGAGAGUUAGUAAUCCUGUUUACGGGAAUCGACUCUGACUCUUCAGUCGAGCCUACAAACAGAGAUUUGCGGAGUGCGAGAUCUCAAGUCAUCUCACCAGCAUCUUCAGAUCCAAUAAGCAGUGUUACGGACGAUUUGAUAAUGAAAAACAUGGAGUGUGUGCCAGAGGAUUGCAUUCAAGGUGACAAACAAUUUGAUACCCCAAGUUCUAGUUCCAUGGCACAUGGAACUGCAGUAUCACAGGACACCGAAGCUCUUUGUCUCCUAGAUGAUGAUGAUAAGAACUGCUUUUUUGGCUACAGUAAGGACUCAUCACUGACCAACAAGAUAUUUGGAAGGGAUCAGGACAAAGAGAACAUCAUCCAGUGGUUACUCUUCGAUGCAAGUUCCUACUCUUUUGCAUUUACAGAUGGACGCAGGAGAACGCAAGAGGAUGGAUUCAUGUCGGCAAUGAUUCCAGUGUUGCAAGAUUAUCUAAGGCUAUAUUGAGCUCCAUAACUGGAAAAUCUUGUGAUGAAAAAGAACCAAAUGAUCUUCAAACAAUUGUGCAGAGAGAACUGGCUGGGAAAAGACUUCUUCUGGUACUGGAUGAUAUUGAAGACCUAAAUCCAAGUCUGUGGAAAACUUUGCAGGCUACCUUAUGUGGUGUCAGAAUUGUUAAGUUUAUCAUCACUUCACCGAAUGAAGGGGAUGGAAACAUGUGGAAGCUUACCAAAAUUUAUCAUUUGGAUGUCUUGCCACUAGACUUAUCCUGGGAUCUGUUCCAUGAGUGUGCAUUUCUUAGUGCUCGUGCAUUUUAUAGAGGUUACACUCCCCCCAAAACUGAAAUAGUUGACAUUGGGAAGAAGAUUGUUCAAAAGUGCAAGGGAUUGCCUUUGGCUUUGAAAACUCUUGGCAGCAUUCUCAGCUAUCAAACUAAUAAGCAGACAUGGGUUGGUGCAUUGGAGAGUACAUUAUGGGACUCAA